AUGUGUCUUCCAGAUACGGGCGUACUCAUGUUACAUCCCGAAUUGAACCAAGAUCAUCAUGUCCAUUUUCGUGCAAGCCAGAGAAAGUUUUCUGCGACCCGCGACAACACAUUCUCGAUGGUUGAUCAUUCAGUGCCCUACGCCUUUGGACGACUAAACAACGACAUCAUUGUUCUUCUUGCUAGUCUUGGGGUCACACCUGAGGCGCUACUUGCAAAACAGGAAUCCUAUCACCAGUGGAUUAGGGCUGCAUCAUCGGACUGGGAGGUUGCUUUCAACUUCCUGUGCGCGGUGGGGCAGUACGAUUUCGCUGAGCGUCUACUUUUGGAUGGGAUCGAGGCUCAAGGCGUGCAGACGAAGAUCAGGGCUUGUCAAAUGUCAGAGCUCGCCUCCUUUAAGAAAAACGAGAAGUUUCGCUCUCGGAUGAUCAUUCUCAAGUCUCGCCUUCUAUUCGGCGUCUGUGAUCCUUAUGGCGUCUUACGGGAGGGCGAAGUUCACCUGUGGGCUGUUGACCAUCCUAAACUCGCUCAUCUCGUGGAUUGCGUGGUAUUCUCCUCCAAGGGAAAGCGCGCAGCUCCAUCCAUGAGCUCUGGUGGCGACCUCGACGGCGACAGAUUCCUGGUGAUGUGGGACCCGGAUCUCGUGCCUAAGAAGGUCGCCGAGUCCUACACCUAUCCUGCUCCCAAAGAGCGCGUCGGCACUCAAGUGACACGAGCCGACCUAGCUAAGCACUUCGCGGCAUACAAUACGAUGGCCCUGGCAAAAAUCACUGCCCUGCACGCAAGAUGGGUUCGGUGCAGCCCAAAGGGUGCCAUGGGCGAUGAAUGUCAAGAGCUCAACGCUUUGCAUUCACAAGCCGUUGAUGGCGCCCCCAUCAAGAUACCAGAACGACUGCUGUCACCACCCGACCCGGAUACGCCGUACAUCAUUGACCUCCUUCAGGAGUCGGCGAAGCACUUCUUUGACAGUUUCAUACCCGGCAGACUGCAGUCGGCAAGUCUCCCACCGGAAGCAGCCGAAGUAGUCCUGUCCCGAUUCCUGUCGACAGAGAAGUCGUCGCUGUCGGAAUACGAGACCCUGACGAUGGCGACUGCCUUCGCGAGAAGAAAUGGCAUUGCUAUCCGCCCGUACCUUUGCCACAUUGACUUUGGAGCGCUCGCAACGUCCGAGAAACAUGCGCUCAGCAUGCAGCUGGGCUUGACGCCGGAGAACGAUCCUUACAUCUGGAACAGUCUCAUUCGCUCCGAGAUUCUGCGGCCUCGGGACCUGGAGAGCCGUGAUCUCGGAGGACCCCUGCGGCUACAGAGGCUGUAUACGUCGACGGUGCAAGGUCGCGCGGCGUUCUUUGAGUACUUGAAGGAGGCCACUCAGCAGUAUAAGCGACGUCUCAUUAUAUUCAAGACUGAAGAUCGGUUUUCCGUUGGCGUCUUCCUGAGAGGCGACAUUCCCUGGGACGAUGAGCCCGAAAUCAACGACAACGUGCUGGUCUGUCCCUUCAUGCCGAAGGCAUCCGAGAUCAUGUCAACCUACUGGCGGGGCACGAAAGGCUACAGAUUACAUUGCAGCGAAAACGCACUCCAGCUAUACGACAAGACCAGGGCAAACACUUUCAUCUUCAUGGUGCGCCCCCCGGAGAAAUCCGGGUCUGAUGUUGUCACUAGCAUCGCGCUGCAGAAGAUUUCGGCACGGGUGCAGAGGCAAUGCGGGCGUGUCAACCGGACGCCCAUCACCUCGCUGGAAAUCCAUGUGGUGUCGAACCGGGACCGCGUAGCGCACCAAGCGUUUGAUUUGCGCUUCGAGCAGUUCGACAAGACACCUCAUCCCUUCAGUGCUAACUCCAUCGACUCGUACGAUUGGGGAGACGACACGCUCGGGCGGCAGGUCUUUGCGCCAGAUGCACCGAAGGACGAGGUCGCCCGCCUGCUUCUCGCCGAGCCGCAUGCCACCGUCCGCAGGUACAUCGAGCUCGCGAUCGAGCACCGCGCAGAGGGCCGCGUCUUCCUCCUGUUCGACAUCCUGCUGCACAGGGAGGACGUCCCCCUCGAUGACAUCGAGGCUUGCAUGCAGCAGCACCCCCCGCUCGCCUACUCGGUGCUGAAGCACUGCCUGCCCGCAGGCCCCGCGCGCCUCCCGGACGCGAUGGCGCCCCUCGCCACGUCCAUCAUCCGCAACUUCCUGCUGCAGCACGCUCUCUGCGUCUGCAUUGUGCUCUCAGCGCGCGAUCCGGCCGUCGACGGGCCGGCACGCGAUGCCUACGCUCGCGAGGUGUUUCUCCCACUGGGGCGCUGCGGGCAGCUGCGCCGCCUCCCGUGCAUGGCUUUGCAGGAGUGUGAACGCGUGCGUUGGGACGUGUGGAAGCGUGAGCGACUCCCAGCGACCCCAGCCGGGGUCUGGCAGCGCCGUGCUCAGCUCGGGUGCAAGAAUUGGGCACUCCCGCCUGUCAUCGAGCACCUGGCAGCCAGGGCGAUUGCGACCACUUCGAGCACCCGGCGGAGAGGUUCCUGUGAUGAAAGCCCAUUCGGCAGGUAUGCCCGCCUUUAUGUGCAGUCCAAGGCUAACUUGCAAAUGUUCGUGAUGCGCGAUGAAUCGACGAACUAA